AACAAAAAAUAUAAUUAGCAAACAAAACAAAAAUUUGAGUAAAUUUACAACAAACACAAGCACAAAUAACGGUGUACAAGGAAAUAAUUUCACGAAAAAAUUUUACAAACAACAACAAAGAAAUUUUUUCAAACUUAAAAAACAAUAAAAACUUGUGUUGUGCGUGUUUUUAAGAGAGUGGCAACAACAACAACAUACAGUGUGUAUGUGUGUCAAAGCUCACACAUACACACGCACACACACACAGGCGAUUUUAGCGCAAAAAUAAACCACAAAAAAAAGACUUUGUAAUAAAAGCUUUGACGUAAGCAAAUUUCUCACUCGUUUGUCACGUGAGCGGUUCGACCGCAGCGCAUACGGCUCCCGCCAUGCCGAGAGGGGGGCUUAAAUGGCGUCUUCAAUAAUUGCGCAGACCAGCGGCGGCACAGCAGAAACGUCAGCAGCGUUAGCGACUACAACUGCAGCAGCAGCAGCAGCGGUUACUAGCAGCCACUACGGCAGUCAUUUGAGUCAACACGGUUUACAACAACACUACGCGCACGCAUAUUUGCCGGCGGCACACCCGCAAUUGCAGCAUACAUUGCAACAGCAACAGCAGCAGCAACAACAACAGCAUCAACAGCAACAGUUCUUAUAUCAACAGCAGCAACAACAACAACAGCAGCAACAACUGGUUGCCGAACAACAACAACAUUGGGAUUAUUAUGCACGCCAACAGCAGCUACAGCACUUGCAAACAAGUCAGCAGCUACAACAACAACCGCCACUUCCUCAACCUCCACCCGCUCGGUCCACUGCUCAACAGCAUAUACAACAACAGCAAUCUGUCGCUGCCGCAACAGCCAAUGCAACCAGCAGCACCACCACCACCUCCACCACAGCCAGCAAUCGCAGCAACCACAACGGUAACAGCAAUAAUGAACAACAACAACAACAGCAACAAUCGCAGCAGCAGCAGCAGCAACAGCACCCGGCUGUAAGCUCACAGUCUAACGGUAAUACUAAUAACGGCGCUAGCAACAGCGCCGCCAACACAAAUAGCAAUAACAAUUAUACGCGUCCUUGGGAAAUGGAGACCAAGGAUCAUCACAGUCAGAGCAAUACGCUGAAGGGGGCCGGCAUCGGCAACAAUAAUGGUAACGGCAAUGGUAGUAACGGUAAUGGCAAUCUUGGCAUCGGCAGCGGUUUCGAACCAUUCUCGAAGCUGCCCUCAUUUCAGAGUCAAUUUCACGGUUACAACGAUCCACUCAUGCCCGACGGCAUUACGCCCAUGGCCACAUCGGUAUUGCCGCCGUCGAUGUCUUCACUGCAAACGGUGGCCAUGUCACCGGCCAGCAUAUCGGUCAGCUCACCGGGUAUGGUGAGCGUGGGUUCACCAUUAACACAGCUGAGCAGCUUGCAAGCGAGCAUCACUCCCCCGUCGGCCGGCGCGGCGGCUACUACGUUUGCGCCACUUGCUGCACCACCACCGCCGCCACCGAAUGCUUUCCAUCACUUGGGUGCGGUGAAUACGCAUGGUCAUCACCGCAGCAGCACCGCUUAUGCACCACUUAUGCCCACCAAUACCGCCACAAUGGGUGGCUUUGGUGCUGGCGGUGCACUCGACGAUGGACGCCAUCACUUGCCUUUGUAUCAAACGCUCACACCGACUUACGCUACACCGCCGCCACCCGGCGCCCUCGCGCCGCUGCCCACACAACAUACACUGAGUGGACUCGGUGGUUUGGGUGGACUCGGCGUCGGUGUCAGUGGCAAGAAAGAUGUUGCACAAACAUUUGAUCUCAAUAAUGGUAAUGGCGUUGGUCUUACACUGGGCGCAACGUCUAUAAAUACAGCUAAUACCAAUGUUACACCAAUGGGUAUGCAUACACCGACCACGCCCUCAUAUGUAGACGGUGGCAUUACGAUGAUGGAUACAUCCAAUGGCGCCCCAGCCGGUUAUCAUACGCCACACUCAACGCAUACUGGUGCGUCUGGCGGUGCGGGACCAGGUGGACCGCAUACACCGCACACCACACAACCGCAUACACCGACACCGUCGACGACAACACAAAUUAAAGUGGAGAAAGUGUUGAAUUCGCCGAUUGCACGGGUGGACGCGAGAAAGAAAGAACGUCGGAAAAAUCGGGCGAAUUCGCUCGAGUCCAGCGCAGAGUCCGAGGCAAGUGCUAUGGACGUAGAUCCCAGCAAUCCCGGACAAGUGGAUGCGGUCUCGAGCACGGCCAAUUUCAAGAGUCCACUCAGCGCGCUCGGCAUGGGCGAUAGUAAUGACACAAACGGCGACAAACAGACUUCUGUCUUUCAGUCGAAGAAGAAACGCAAACGUUGCGGCGAAUGCAUCGGCUGUCAGCGUAAGGAUAAUUGCGGCGAAUGUGCACCUUGCCGCAAUGAUAAAAGUCAUCAAAUCUGCAAGCAGCGACGCUGUGAAAAACUCACGGAGAAGAAGGAACCCAAGUCCAAACAAAUUAUCUACGGUGCCGAUGGUCAACCGAUUCGUGCGGAGAAACGUGGACGCGGUAAAGCGCGUAACACAACGGGCAAUGGAACACCAACAACUGGGGUAAGUCCAUCUCAAACAGCACGCGCUAACAACUCCCGCUGGCUAACUAACACUGACACUUCUGUGUCAAGGUCACGCUCGCCGUCUGCCAUACAACCAUACACAGAGUUGCGCACACAAAGCGCGCAACAACAACAAAAGUUCCGUAUCAUGCUGCGCACACGGUCGUUGUAG